CGACCUUCCCAAUCCCACCGGCUCUGUCCUCGCAUUCGAAGCACAGUGCAUACCGUACGCACCAUCGCACAGCCAGCCUCGCCUCGCCUCUCAGCACAGCACCAAACCUACCGCAUCGUAUCGCCUGCCAUGAAGAUCGCCGCAGCAUUGUGCUCUCUCCUCUUCGCCGUUGGGCUGUCGCCAGCGAACGCCUUUGGAACCGCCGCGCGGGGAGGAAACGGGCUCCGGCGCCCCUUCUCUGCUUCCGCGGGCCCGAAGGCGUCCCGGGCCCCCGGCCCUCUAUCCAUGGCCCCCGAUCCGCUGGGAGAAUCCGGAACGGGCGGCGGCGAACCGGUCGUCAUCGGCAAGGACUUUCGCCUGAGCGCCAUCUUUUUGUCCGCUGGACUCCUCCUGGACCAGAUCCCCUACCUGCAGCUGACGCUGGGGCCGCUCGUGACGGUCCUGGGGGUCCUCUUUCUGGUCCAGACCUUCCGGCUCAACUUUGUCUGCGACGACAGGGCCUUCUCGCUGGAGGACACCACGAACGAGGACUCGGUGGGAGAAAACAUUGUCGUCGGCGGCGAGAACCGGUGGGACUACGACUCCUUUGUCAACUUUGAGUUCUUUCCCAAGGGGUGGAUCGACCAGCCCCAGGGGCCCAUCCUGGUGUACUUUAAGGAAACGCAGACCCCGUCGGGUAAGUAAGGGAGAGACCGGUGUCGGUACCCGUUUGGUUCCGCGCACCGCCUGCGGCAAAGGGACGACAACCCCGUGUUUCUCGUUGCCAACCCAACAAAACUCACAAUCGAUCCGUCCCUUUGUUUGUUCGUUCGUUCGUUCGUUUCGCGGGGAUUUUUUCGACAAAAUCGACAACAAUCACCACAAUCACCACCACCACGAAAACGUACCUUCAGACAAGUGGAACGAGGGACCGGGCGCCUCGGCCAACUCGGACAAGGCGCUCUCCGAGGGGGCCGUCCGGGGCCAGGUCCACUUUUUCCCGGCGCUCUGCGACACCCAGCAGCUCCGCUCGGUGUGGGAAAAGAACUGCGCCAAGCUGUGAGCGAGCGAGCGAGCGUGUGGGGACGGAACGCCCCGAACCAUUGCGUGCGCGCAACCGGAUUCGUUGGGUGUGGUGUGGUGUGGUGUGGUUUGCUUUCAUUUGAUUUGAUUUGCUUUCGCGGGGUUUGGUGUGCCGGGGGAUUUUUGCACAAGAGCGAGCCACCCGCUGUGGCACCGGCUAGGUGCGCUGCCGCUUUGAAACCAUUCCGUGCAUCGCAUCGCAUCCCACCGCAUUGCAUCGCAUUCAAAAGCAUUCCUUUGGAAUUGUUGCGCAUCGCUGACGCGCACUGCCAAAUGGCCCGAUGCAGUUGGUCUCGGUUUCCAUCGGCAAAACACACUAGCUGCGGUACGGCUUUGUCGCAAAAUAACAGAACUAGCACUUU